CGGAAGUAGAUGGUUUGGGGGAACCGGAUGUAGGCGGUACGAGAACCGUGGGGCCUGGAGAAUUCGCGGCUUGGGCCGAUUUAUUAUUUUUUUAAAUAUUUUUGUUGGUCGGUGAAGGGAGCGGGUGGCCGACCGACAUGUCGAUCGAAAUCGAAUCGGCAGAUGUUGUCCGUCUGAUCAUGCAGUACCUGAAGGAGAAUAAUUUGCACCGGACCCUGGCAACUCUACAAGAAGAGACCACAGUGUCUCUAAACACUGUGGAUAGUAUUGAGAGUUUUGUAGCAGAUAUAAACAGUGGCCACUGGGACACUGUUUUACAGGCCAUACAAUCACUAAAGCUGCCUGAUAAAACCCUUAUCGAUUUGUACGAACAGGUGGUCUUAGAGCUGAUUGAACUUCGUGAGUUGGGUGCGGCUAGAUCUUUGCUACGACAGACUGAUCCGAUGAUUAUGCUAAAACAGACCCAACCAGAGAGAUAUAUUCAUCUAGAGAACCUGCUAGCGAGGUCCUACUUUGAUCCACGUGAGGCUUACCCAGAUGGCAGCAGUAAAGAGAAGCGAAGGGCAGCCAUUGCUCAAGCACUAGCGGGAGAAGUCAGUGUGGUGCCCCCUUCACGUCUCAUGGCUUUGUUGGGUCAGGCAUUAAAAUGGCAGCAACACCAGGGGCUGCUUCCUCCAGGAAUGACCAUUGACUUGUUUAGAGGUAAAGCAGCCGUGAAAGAUGUAGAAGAGGAGAAAUUCCCUACUCAACUCAGCAGGCACAUCAAGUUUGGUCAGAAGUCCCACGUAGAAUGUGCUCGGUUCUCUCCAGAUGGCCAGUAUCUUGUUACCGGCUCUGUGGAUGGCUUUAUUGAAGUGUGGAACUUCACCACUGGCAAAAUUAGAAAGGAUCUAAAGUACCAAGCACAAGAUAACUUCAUGAUGAUGGACGAUGCAGUUCUUUGCAUGUGUUUCAGCCGUGAUACUGAAAUGUUGGCUACAGGAGCACAGGAUGGAAAGAUUAAGGUAUGGAAGAUUCAGAGUGGUCAGUGUCUACGCCGAUUUGAACGUGCUCACAGUAAGGGAGUAACCUGCCUCAGUUUCUCCAAAGACAGUAGUCAGAUUCUCAGUGCAUCCUUUGAUCAAACAAUCAGGAUUCAUGGUCUGAAGUCUGGAAAAACGCUGAAGGAAUUCAGAGGCCAUACCUCAUUUGUUAAUGAAGUGACAUUUACACAAGAUGGGCAUUACAUUUUGAGCGCAUCCUCGGAUGGCAGUGUAAAGAUCUGGAACGUGAAGACAACAGAGUGUGCAAAUACCUUCAAGUCAUUGGGCAGCUCUGCUGGUACUGAUAUCACAGUGAACAGUGUACACCUGCUGCCAAAAAAUCCUGAACAUUUUGUUGUGUGUAACCGGUCAAAUACAGUCGUCAUCAUGAACAUGCAGGGACAGAUUGUGAGGAGCUUUAGCUCUGGUAAAAGAGAGGGAGGUGACUUUGUGUGCUGCUGUCUGUCUCCACGUGGUGAAUGGAUCUACUGUGUUGGUGAAGAUUUUGUGCUAUACUGUUUCAGUACAGUGACUGGCAAGCUGGAAAGAACAUUAACGGUUCAUGAAAAAGAUGUUAUUGGAAUUGCUCAUCAUCCACAUCAGAACCUGAUCGGAACCUACAGUGAAGAUGGUCUCCUUAAACUCUGGAAACCUUGAAGGACUUAAGGACUAACCCUUGAAGGAUACUUAUGGUUGUUUUGUAUUUUUAAACCUUUGCUUAUUGUACACUUACAGCUAUAAUAAUGGAGGCUUUCUCUUGAAUAAAUGUCCUAUUUCAUUACAAUUUCAAGCCACCAUUUUAGUUUCAAAAAGCUCUCACAUUCCCCCAUUGUAAUUGAAAUAUCUGACUAUAGAACAAUGUGCUGAACCCCAGUUUAGACAUAAGAAAAUAAUGCACAUAGUAACUGGUUUUGCAGUGCUGUUGACUGUGUUUAGAUUGUUUUUGUUGCAGAAUCAAGAUCAUUGUAGAGUUCAAAGUGUAGUUUUAAAAUAAAAUGCAACAUUUUCUGAA